AUGCUAAUAAAUUAUGAAAUCCAAAAAGCGAUUUCUAAUACAUCAUUCCCCUACACUCCUUUUCAAUACCCACCCCAACCUCGCUAUUCCAGUCGACCUAAACGCAAUCGUGAUAGUUCUGAGGAAGACUCCAUAACAAGUGAGACAAGCGUGUCUCAAUCUCAAUCUCAAACCGAAAAACCCACAAAGAAAAAAAAAAGUAAGGCAUGGCCCAAAGGUAAACCUAGAAAGGUUACCACUCUUUCAAUGGACUUGGACAAUCCAGAUCCUAAAUUGUACCCUCCAGGUUAUAGCUUGGACCCUCCGGGUUCUAAGUUGGACCCUCAGGGUUCUAAGUUGGACCCUCCGGGUUUUAACUUCGACCUUCCUGGUCCUAACUUAGACCCACCUGGUCUUAGCUUGAACACUACGGGCUCUAAGAACUUGCAAGAACUGAACAAAUAA